CCUCGUCAUUGACAGCUCUGCGACCCGGUCAAUCCGUCAGACAGGGAGGAUCCGGGGAGGAGGGCGCCAAGGCAGGAGAGAGGACGAAGGACGAUCACCUCUGGCCAGUUUGAUCCAAUCCCCAAUACCGAGCGAGCUUCGGGACCAGCCCCCCCCCCCCCCCCCUGCGCGAGGACGACGCCGUGGCAUCACCGGGGGGGUUUUGUUGCUCCGAGGAGCACGUUUAACUCCAGAGAUCCAACCAGCGAUGUUACACUGAGACUGUUGACGGAGGGUGAUCUGGACGGCGAAGGAGCCAUAUAGAGCAGGCAGGAGGGAGGGGGGGCGGACAGGAGCUUUUUGCGCGGAACACAAAUCCAGGUGGUGGGUGGAGAAAAAGCACAGCCCAGUGCUGGAUCCCAGGGGGACGGUCAGUGUGGUAAGGACCCUUGAGACGAAGGAGGGUGCAUGGAGGGCUCAAGGCCUGUAAAGCCGGGGUCGUCAGCCUGCCUCUGCUUUGGGCUGGUCUCUGUUGCUGUUGCCUUCCUUUGUACAGAAGCCCGGACCACUCCGAGCCCUCUGCUGACCCCCAGCAAUGCCACCUGCAGGGGAAACGCCAAGUGUCGUGCGGGGAUCAUCCUGCCCAUCUGGUAUCCCGAAGAUCCCUCCAUGGGAGACAAGAUCGCACGGGUCAUAGUGUAUUUUGUGGCCAUGAUCUACAUGUUUCUCGGAGUGUCCAUCAUUGCCGAUCGCUUCAUGGCGGCCAUUGAGGUCAUCACCUCCCAAGAGAGAGAACUUGUCAUCAAAAGGCCCAAUGGGGAAACGACCACCACCACGAUUCGGGUGUGGAAUGAAACUGUCUCAAACCUCACCCUCAUGGCCUUGGGCUCGUCCGCCCCUGAGAUUCUGCUCUCUUUAAUCGAGGUUUGUGGACAUGGAUUCAAAUCGGGCGAGCUCGGGCCCGCCACAAUAGUCGGCAGCGCAGCCUUCAAUAUGUUUGUCAUCAUUGGCCUCUGUGUGUCUGUCAUUCCCCAAGGAGAGGUACGCAAAAUCAAACACCUCAGAGUGUUCUUUGUCACUGCGGGCUGGAGCGUCUUUGCUUAUAUCUGGCUCUACAUGAUUCUGGCUGUGUUUUCUCCCAACGUAGUCCAGGUCUGGGAGGGUUUAGUCACACUGGCCUUCUUCCCCAUAUGCGUACUUCUGGCGUGGGUAGCAGACAGACGGCUGCUCUUCUACAAGUUCAUGCACAAGAAGUAUCGCACCGACAAACACAGAGGCGUCAUCAUUGAGACGGAGGCAGAGCGAUCCAAGGGGAUCGAGAUGGACGGCAAGAUGGUCAACUCUCACUUCAUGGACGGAGGAGGGCCAAGCAAUCUCAUCGGCCUGAUCGAAAGCAAAGAGGUGGACGAGUCGAGGCGCGACAUGAUCCGCAUCUUGAAAGACCUGAAGCAGAAGCACCCAGAGAGAGAGAUGGAUCAGCUGGUGGAAAUGGCAAACUACUACGCUCUUUCGCAUCAGCAAAAGAGCCGCGCCUUCUACCGCAUCCAAGCUACGCGGAUGAUGACGGGCGCCGGGAACAUCCUGAAGAAACACGUCGCAGAGCAGGCCAAGAAGAGCGUCAGCGUGCAGCAGGUUCACGUGGAGGAGCCAGAAGAGUACGUGUCUCGAAUUGCGUUUGAGCCUGCCGUCUACCAGUGCCUCGAGAACUGCGGCGCCGCCAUUCUGACCGUCACCAGAAAGGGCGGCGACAUCAACCAGACGAUCUACGUGGAUUACAAGACGGAGGACGGCUCGGCUAACGCCGGGGCAGACUACGAGUUCUCAGAGGGGACAGUGGUGUUCAAGCCUGGGGAGAUGAUCAAGGAGAUAAACAUUGGCAUCAUAGACGACGACAUCUUUGAAGAGGACGAGCACUUUUUCGUGCGUCUCAGUAAUCUGCGAGUCCUGGAGACAGAGGACGAGGUGCUGUCCCCCAACAGUCUCCAGUACCCGAAAGCCAUGCUGGGCUUUCCCACUGUGGCCACGGUGACCAUUCUGGACGACGAUCAUUCGGGCAUCUUCACCUUUGAGAGCAGCUCGGUGCACGUCAGUGAGAGCAUGGGCAUUAUGGAAGUGAAGGUGCUCAGGACUUCUGGGGCAAGGGGGACGAUCAUUGUGCCUUAUCGCAGCUUGGAAGGACUCGCCAAGGGAGGAGGGGAGGACUUUGAAGACACCUACGGAGAGCUGGAAUUCAAAAACGACGAGACCUGCAAACUCAUUCACGUGAAAAUUAUUGAUGAUGAGGAGUAUGAGAAAAACAAGAACUUCUUCCUGGAGCUGGCUGAGCCUCGCAUGGUAGACAUGAGUCUGCAGAAAGAGACUUUGACGAGAAGAUCAAUAACGCUCUCACGUCUGCACUGUAAAAAUGGAACUACUGGCAGCAUCCAAAGACCGAAAUUGGGGGAAACGGCCAGCAUGGCUUCUUCCAAAGAUGUAACAGACAGGAAGAUGACAUCAGACGAGGAGGAAGCCAGGCGCAUCGCAGAGAUGGGAAAACCGGUGCUGGGGGAACACUCCAAGCUGGAAGUCAUUAUUGAGGAAUCGUACGAGUUUAAGAGCACAGUGGACAAGCUGAUCAAGAAGACCAACCUGGCGCUGGUGGUGGGAACCAACUCCUGGAGAGACCAGUUCAUGGAGGCCAUUACCGUCAGUGCAGAUGAGGAUGAAGAGGACACUGGGGAAGAGAGGCUACCGUCCUGUUUCGACUACGUCAUGCACUUCCUCACCGUCUUCUGGAAGGUCCUGUUCGCGUGCGUCCCUCCCACGGACUACCUGAACGGCUGGGCCUGCUUCAUCGUGUCCAUCGUCAUCAUCGGCCUCCUCACGGCCGUCAUCGGCGACCUGGCGUCUCACUUCGGCUGCACCAUCGGCCUCAAGGACUCAGUCACUGCCGUGGUGUUUGUGGCGCUUGGUACAUCUGUCCCAGACACCUUUGCCAGUAAGGUAUCAGCAGUCCAAGACACGUACGCAGACGCCUCCAUCGGGAACGUGACGGGCAGCAACGCCGUCAACGUCUUCCUGGGAAUCGGCCUGGCCUGGUCGGUGGCGGCGAUCUACUGGCACAUGAAGGGGAAGCCGUUCGUGGUGGAAGCCGGCUCCCUGGCCUUCUCCGUCACUCUCUUCACCAUCUUCGCCUUCCUGGCCAUCUCGGUGCUGCUUUACCGGCGCCGGGCGCAUAUCGGAGGAGAACUUGGCGGGCCCCGGGGACACAGACUGGCCACGUCAGCCUUCCUUUUCGGCCUCUGGUUGCUUUACAUCCUCUUCUCCAGUCUGGAGGCCUACUGUCAUAUAGAGGGUUUCUAAACAGGAAAGACAACACAUACAGGGGUUCAAAUACAACUUUAUAAGGAAACCAAAUUCUCACUGGGGAAUUUGGGUCAGUCUUGUAUGUAUGAAACGGCAGGAGAGGUAGACCCAGGGUUUUCCCUCUCUCUCUCUCUCUCUCUCUCUCUCUCUCUCUCUCUUUCUCUCUCUCUAUGUCUCUCUCCCUCAACUCUUCCUGUAAGGAUGCUUGGAGGUGAGUAAGGAGAGCCGCCCUGAGCCCGUGCGAGUGUGCUUACAGUUGGGAUUGGGUUUCCACCGAGUCCAGAAGAUGCCGAGGUGGUCCUGCAUUCCACUGCAAGACACCGCAGUGAUAUCUGGAGAGAGCUGAGUUAAUCAGCGGUCUAUAUUUUUCUCAACAUCUGGCAAGAACGACUUUUGAAAAAAAAAAUAUUUUGGGGAUAAAAAUGCAAAACAAUUCAUUAAAAAAAAGAAGUAAAACACACACACACACAUACACGAAGGAAUAAGAGAACUAUUUUCUGAUCUAUAUUAAAGAAUAGCAAAAUAUGAUAUUGUAAAAGGGUGACAGUGGGAUGGAGUCAUAGCAUUUAUUUUUAUUUGUAUAGUUUCCUAAGCAGCACUGCAGAGUUAUCAGAAAUCACACGAAGAGGAAGGAGAAGAGAAAGGGGGGGGGGGAGGAAGAGGAGGAUGAUGAGGAGUACAAAUCACCAUUCAAACAGGCGAGGAGGAAGAGCUGGACAUGGUCAAACUACCCUGAACAUUACUUCCGUACUCUAUACCUAUCUAUAUAUAAUAUAUUUCCAUAUUUUCUGUAUGUUUUGAAUAUUCGUUUAAAUGUGGUCCCCAUCUGCUCUAACAACGGAGGAUUGGGUUGGCAGAGCGGACGGGAGAGGGAGGGGGCUUAACUAUAUACUGGAACGAUGAGUUAUGUAUCUUGCCUAGGUAAAAGUAUGCCAUUGUAUUUUAUUUCUUUAUUGAUAUCUUGGUCUCACUCGAGUUUUCACCUUUUCAGUCCGAAAAAAAGAAGAAGAAAAAAAAACGUGUUGAUGCAGAGAUAAAUUCAAAGGUAUUUUUGUACUCUUCCUUCCAUGCACUUUGCUGUAUAGCUCUAUUUAUGGAGACUUCUACUCGUACACGUGCAAAAGGCCAACAAUAAAGGUGCCACUAUGGACUGAACAGAGUGCCUGUGGAGGGGGAGGCGUUCGCUGCAGCCGCCCACACUGACCAGCUCUUUGCUCAACUUAAGAGUUUCUUCCUAAAAUGGUGCCUAACCAUUUUUUAAAGCUGCGUUAAUAUAUUUUUGGCCACUCGGGUGCAGCACAAAACACAACAUCUGGCGUUUGAUAACCUUAUAGAGCGGCAUAGCAUCAUUGUGUGGUACCCGUAUGUGCUGAGGUCUCACCAUGUUCCAAGUGAAUAUCUAUACAGUUCAAACCGUCCUUAUUUUAACACAUUUAAACAACAAAUAAAACCGUCAGCAUUGUUUGGUGUGUUUAGAUUGUUGACCUAGAUUUGCAAAAAGUGUUGCCUGGUGACGUUGUUCCUGCAACUGAUGACGUGUGGGCCCUCGUUUGCAAUCAUAUGGAGUCAUGCUUUUUUUUAAAUAGAUGUUAGUCCGAUUUUUACAUUUAACGCUGUUUUGUUGGUUUUUAGGCUGGAUAAUAUCUUUGACUGAGGUUGGGUGCUGUAAAGGUAGCAAACCUCACCGCCAAAAAAAAUAACUGGUAACUGCUUACUUUGGGGUUUUAGAAUAAGUGCAGCUUUAACAAAGAUAAAUCCUAAUUUUCUAAUAUAAAAUGUGAGUGGUCUGUAGGUGUUUUGUUGGCUGCGCUUUAGAAGAAUGACUCACAUUUGGAUCAAUGCUUUUCCGUAACAGCCUUUACUUUAUUCAUUAUGUAAAGAGAGGGGGGUCAAUGCUGCUCAUUUUGGUUGGAAACUCUUGAGUGAGGACGCAGGUGUGGGGUGAAGCCUCAUGCUGAAUGCUGUUUAACACACGACUGGUGCUUUGUCUUUAAAAACGAGUAUUUAAAAAACACACAAAUUACAUAUGGGAACUCCUAAGAAGCAGUAUGUUUAUGACUACAUUUGAAUAAAUGUUAAUAUAUAAUAAAUCCAUUCUUGGCUCAUUUAAAAACCACCCAAGCGAUUACCAAAGAGGUGUGAGGAAACAUCUGUUAAAAAAGUGAAAGAAAAUCCAAAAAGAAACAAAAAAGAGUGAGUAAGUGGCAGUGACACUGUUCCCGCAAUGGGGGUGUCAAUCUUUAUUCCCCGUGGUCAUCCCUUCUUCUACUGGUCUACGUAGCACUCUUCCUCCUCCUCUUCGUCCUCAGUGAUCUUCCUUUGUGGUGGGCAGUGGUGUAAAUACGUCUUGUGGUUGAAUCGGAUGCCCUGGACCAAACCUGCUCACCCCACUCGUCUCUCUCUAUCACAUGUAAACACACACACACACACACACACACACAGAGUAGAGUGAUGGAUCCACCGCUGCACAGGAGGGAGGACACUGGGCUGACUGUCCCACUAAAAACCCACAUUAUGUACAUAACUUUCAGUGUAUGUUUACAUUGACACGGCAUCGGUGUCCUGGGGGGGGAAGGGAAGGAGGGAGGGGGGGGGGGGCAUGUCAACAAGUCUCACAUCCCAUCUACAGCUUCAUCUGAGCCAGUGGAAGUAUGGUGUUUUUGUUAUCCUCUUUUUUGCGGGUCACUUUGUGGCCCUUUACCUUGUUCAGAGUCCUGAGAUGUUUUCGACAUCGAGUCCAGCAGGUAUUGAUGAUGUCACAGAAUUACCAGUGUUCUUAUGUUGAUCUUUGCCUUUUAGAGGCUGUUUGUGUUGGACUCUUCAUUUUCAUUUGCCGGGGGUGUGUUGUGCUGAGCGACGGCCCGUGUGAGUUUGUGUGCCGUGCAUGUUGCCAGGCUGCUUCACACUAGUGUGUGUUUGUGUGUGUGUGUGUGUGCACCCAGGUGAGGUUCUUCUUCACAGGGGCUCUCAUUUGGAUCUGUCAUUAUGUCUUAAAAUACAUGUCUUAAUUCUGUAAAAGAGCAAAAAUAUUUAUUAAUCAUGUCAUCUCUUAAGGCAGCAUUUUUUUUCUAUUCAUCGCCGUAUAGAAAUUGGACUGAUGAUGAUGUUGUGAGACACUGAGAAAUGCUUAAAUGAUCGGGGGAAUACUGUUCUUUUUUACUUCUAGAGGGACAUAUUUUAAUGGUUGGGUAUGUUUUUUUCUGGCCUUCAAUGAGAUGUCAAAAAAAAAGCAAAUUUCCAAAGCUCAAAAGUGUUUUGAGAUUAAAGUGUUUUGUUUAUUUUACUGUGGAAUAAAAGCAGCUUCCUGGUUCACAAGCAA